AUUCUUUAAGCAAAUUUUCAUAAUAUAUUUUAGAAAUUUAUGGCAUAUAACACGGUUAAUUAUAACUUCUGAUAUGUUUCUUUUAUUUCCUAGGAUGAUUUAUUCUAUUUUAAUAAAAAAGAUAUUUUAUCAGCUAAAGCGACCUCUUUCUAAAUCAACUAUUCGGGCUAUUAGUUUUCUUUUUCUUUCGUCACUAUUUUUUCUUAUAUUUGAAUUAUCUUUGUUUUUUCCAGAAAAUAUUAUUUUAAAAACGUCAUCUGGAAUUCAAACACCAGAAAUUACUUUAAUAGCUCGACUUACUCGUUUGCGUCGAAUAACAGAAUAUGACUGGAAAUUAUUACACCGAUUAAAAUCUUUAAAUGGAAGAUUACUAUAUGUACUCUAUGGGCCUUCGACUUUAGGUUUAUGUGAAUGGUGUGAAAUUGAAACACCCUCAACAUUUUUAUAUUAUACUAUACCACAUGUAUUUUUGUGUUAUUUAGUAAAUCUUGGAAUAAUUUAUUUGUCGAUAUCUGUUUUAUCUGAAAAAAUUGGGAAAUUAUUAAAGAAGUUAAUAUUUAUUAUACUUUUUCUUUUUUUUAUUUUGGAAUUAAUUAUGUUAAAUAUAUAUGAUUGGAAAUCAAAUGCGUAUAUUAAUUCGGCCUCAAAUAUUAAUUGGAUUCAUUGGAACUUAAAGAAAUAUCGAUUAUUUUUGAUAGUAACAUUAAAUUUAUCUGUUGCUUUUAUUAUUUGGGUUAUUAACACCAAUAUAUUGUAUCAAAUACCUAAUAAAGAAAGGCAACUAAUCUUUUCUAUUAAUAAUUUAGAAGAAUCGAUAAAUCGUAUUCGCGCUUUAGUUAUUAUGAAAAGAGCACUGAUUAAAGAUACAUUUUUGCAAGAACAAAAAAUGAAAUUUUAUCAAGAAAAGCGUUUAAAAGAAUUGAGUGAUUCUAUGAAUGUAAAAGAUAUAAAAAAAAAGAUAUCUCAUGAUAAUAUGAAAAAAAUUUUGGAAGAAAUUGAAAAUUAUGCAGAAAACUUAAUUAAAUACAUGGAUAUGAAAAAAUAAAUAUUUUAUUAUUAAUAUAAUCACUAUAAUAUAAUCAUUAAAAAAAAUCAUACAGAGGCUUAUUAUGCUGUAGUUUUUGUUUUAAUAUCCAUUUAUUUUGUUCCCAUAUAAUCCAGGAAAUACCCUGAAGAAGACUAUCUGCAAGAUCAUCAAUUUUAAGUUUAUCCUUUUCUUUUUUUUUAGAUAUAAAAUCUUUUGCAGUAAUUUGGGUAUUUCUAAAAUCAAAAAUAGAACCUGCUUUUAACCAUGAAUUAAUUAUUUCUAUUUUUUCUUUUUUAGAUCUCAAGGUAGAUGUUUUCGAUAGAUAGCUCGGUUUCUUGUCUUUAGAAUCAAUAGGCAUUGGCAAAUUAUGGUUAAUUGGAAAAUUUUUCAUUAAAAUAUUGUUUUUUUCAAACCAAAACGAUGAAAUUUUGGCUGGAUCUAUACUUAAAAUAUCUGCUUCUUGAUCAUUCCAUAUCAUUUCCUCUUUAAAACACCUAAAUAUAGAAUGUAGCAUAUUUUCAAAGAUAUUUAUUUUUAUAAUCCAUUCUUGUACAACGUUUUUACCCCGAGUUCUACAUCUUUGACGUUCUAUCAAUAUAGUCUGUGGUUUAAAUUUCUUUAAUAAAGAUUUUGCUAACUGAUAUGCCAAAAAAGAGAAUUUUGAUGGGUUAUAAGCUUUUUUAAUAAUUUUAUUAUCUAUUUUUUUUGAUUCAAUAGAUAAUUUGUCCCAUCCAUCAACAACAAAAGGUUUAUGAUGAAUUAAAUUAAAAUCUUCAAUUAUAAUCGAAGGUGCAAUUAUUGAAGAGAAUGCUAAAUUACGAAUUCCUACAUCAAUACUAAGAAUACGAUGAGGUGUGAAAUUAUUAUUAAUUAAUCGUGUUUUAGAAAUUUCUUGGAGAAUCCUUUGGGCUAAUUCUAACUUAUUUCCUUUAUUUACUAUGUAGGAAAUUAGCUAAUAUUUUAUAUAAAAAGAAAAUCUUUACAAAUGCCGCACUUUAUUGCUAUUAUGCGUAACUGUGGUAAAGUUAAUUGUUGAAGACUUUUAAAAUUUAGUAUAAGUA